GUUUAUCACUUUUCUGAUAGGGGUAGUUUAUUCAAAGUAUUCGGCUGUGUACUUCCGUUUAGGCUAGACGCAUUUUAAUACAACUGGUGGUUUUAAAUAAAUUUGCAAUUUUCUAAAUUAACAUUUUUUUUAAUGGGGAAAAUUUUGUGUUUGGGUUAUGAAGUAUCAAGGGUGCUUUUAGGAUGGUUAGGUGCAAUACUUUCCAUCAUCGGGAUUUUGAUGCUUUAUUUCUGUCUGGAAAAUCCGGAUGUGGUGACCAAGUGGUUGAUAUCCUUAGCAGAUGACCAAUCCAAGAUUGACUACAAUGAAAUGCGCAGGGAUGUGGUUUGGUCAUGCGUGCUGUAUAUUGUCUUAAGUUUUAUAAAUUUAAUAACAUCCAUUUGUUUGAUAUUGGGCAUCAAUAGGUAUUGUAUACCGUCCUUGAGAUAUCCAUUCAUACGUUUAAUAAAGAAACAGGAGAAAGUUGUGAAAAAUAAAAGCUGCAAAGCUUUGCCAACCGGAAGUGACCGUCCAACACAAACAUUUAAUGUGUAAUAUAUCACACAUGAAACAUACAUACAUAUGCACACCAACAGAUGUGCAUAGGUAUGACGAGUAUCCAUCUCCGGAGCACAUGUCUACAAACUAAACUAAAUUAAAUCAAUUAAACUUAUACUUAAAUUUACAAAAAAUCACUUAUAUACAUACAUAUAUAGGAAAAUAAACUAACACAAUCAUUUUCAUAUCAAUCAUACAUGCAUACAUACAAACAAACAAAUACAAAUGUAAUAUUUACAUGUACUUUUCAUAAAAAACAAUUAAAUGUAACCAAAAAAAAAACAGAAACGAAUGAAUCUAUUUCAACACACGAUCAUACAGUUAUGUAUGCACAUAUAUUUUAUAUAUGAAAUGCAUUCGAUUUGAUAGGCAUAUACUAGUGUGUACAUAUGUAUAUGCUUGAGUUCAGUAUUUGAUGUUGGCAACGCGAAAUGCAUUAUUUUAUAACGGCUAAUAAACUUUAAAUGGACGCAAGUUUUUAAGUGGGUAUGUAUUAUAAGUAUAUAGGCAUUUUCUUUUUAUUUAUUUUUAUAGAAAACUCUGCUUCCACAGUGCUCAUACUUCAUCAUUCAAUGCCAAAUCGAAUAUUCAAUCGCCGAAAAGAGUUUCUAACCUUAAAGCAGCCUUUUAAGAGGCGACUUAUAACCAGUCUGAUCCGUAUGACAGUUUAAAAGCAAUACAAUCCGAUCGAAUUUGACCCGGACUGACAAAACAAAACUACAUUUUCACGUAAUUUAAUCAAAUCUUUAUUAUUGCCUUCAAAAUAGACUCCUCAGCCAAUACAAGCAUGCCGUAGUCUCAUACAAUUUUCCAUAUACUUGUCACAACCCUGUGACUUUCAGUGGCUUUAGCGAAUUUCGACUUAUUUUUGGAGCGCCAUUCGCUUGAUUGUUUUUUCUAUCUAUUCGGCUUGCGCGCGUAGUUUAACUGGACCAGUCCGGGUCAAAUUUGAUCAAAUCGUAUUCUAGAAUUAAACAAAGAAAAAAAAUCGACCACAUAAACAAUACCAAAGAUUUUAAAUAAUUUGAAAUCUCCUUGAAUCUCUUUAACAAGCGUUUCUAUCUUAUUAUGAUAUUGCAAGUUAGUUUAAAUUUGUUUACACUAAUAGGAAUUCGAAUAUUUAUUUCUAUGUUAUUUCACAGCCAAGUCAACAUAAAUCGAAUAAAACACGAAAUAAAUAAAUCAAAAUAUGAUUAUCUCAUCCAGGGAAACACUCCACGGCAACUAAGUCGGUGAUCGCUAUACGAAUUUUAAAUAUCAAAGUUUAAUCAACCCCUUUCGUAGAUUUUAUUUAAAAAUUAAUCAAAAUUAAUUGAAUUUAUUCCAUUUUUAUAAGUUAAAUAAAGGAAUUCAUUUAAGUUAUUUAAAAAUUUAAAUGUAUUUUGUGAGCUUAACCAGAGAAGCUGGUUCAAACAGUAUAGCAUGAAAAUUUAACAAAGAGUUUGCUUAAAAUUUUGUGUUUCGAAUGGUAUCACGGCUACUAAAUCAUUGAACAUAUUGCAGAAUUUGGCGUCCACUUUUCGCGAACACAAGUAU